AUGAACUCAAUGAGGAACCUGUUCCUCGUUGGAGUUGCCUUGUUUCUUGGUCUGUCUAUCCCUGAGUACUUCAGGGAAUACACUUCCAAGGCUUACCAUGGUCCAUCUCACACGAAAGCCGGCUGGUUCAAUGAUUUCCUGAACACAAUCUUCUUCUCAUCCCCAACCGUGGCGUUGAUAGUAGGAGUGUUCCUGGACAAUACACUUGACUACAAGGAUAGUGCCAGAGAUAGAGGAAUGCCAUGGUGGGCUAAAUUCAGAUCAUUCCAAGGAGACAGCAGGAAUGAAGAAUUCUACACCCUUCCUUUCAACCUCAAUCGUUUCUUUCCUCCAUCCUGA